UUUCGUGACCCUGUCGGUCGACGCCUUUCUGAAGCGUCAUAACUGAUCUUAUCGAGACGUAAAACCUGACCACAACACUGUGGCAAGAUGAACCGUCUUCUGGUCGGUGGAAUCGGCUGCUCUUUUCUCGGGCUGGUGGUGUUUGUGGUGGGGAUAGCGACGACCGCCUGGCUGUCGGCAGCCCAGGGCGGGGCUGGAGCAGAGAUGGGAUUGUGGAAGACGUGCUUUACUAACUUGGGAGUGACAAUCUGCGCAGCCUAUCCGGAUAUCAGUCGGCUGCCCGCUACUGUCCAUGCCUCCCGUGCCUUUGCCGUGAUCGGAGUACUGCUGCUCAUCCCCGGUCUAGCUCUGGCCUGCUUCACCCUGAAAAAGAACUCCAACAACGCCAAGACGAUCGGUGGUGGUAUGAUUAUUUUUGCAGGGUUUUGUGGCAUCAUCGCCGCCGUUGCCUUUACCGGCUACGCCGUGAAUCGCGUCCACACUCCGGGCGUGCCGGUGCCGUUUGGCUACUCCUUCUACCUGACCUGGGUACAGGCGGUCUUCACGAUCUUGGGAGGAGUCGUCAUCAUAUGUUCCGGGCGCGGGGACGCCGAGGAAGAUGAGCUUCCCAUGGUCCGCUAG